AUGUUGUGGCACGCAGCCUGCUUUGUCGAGUGGGCAGGAGGUAGCCAAGCCCAGAGAGCCCAGAAACAUGCCAUGAGAGACGCCAUUAGAGUAUUCUACGAGUCCCUCCCUGCUGGCCCCAUCAAGGAUAUUGCCUUCAGACAUUUGCAGAGAGCCGAGCAAGUGAUGACCACCAACUAUAAAAACGAGGGGCAGCACCGUGACCGCAUGUCCGACGUCUACUGCGCAAUGGUCGGUGAUAUCGCCAACCUUGGAGGUGUUGCCGUUCCACCACUCCGAAGAGACUGUACGGACAACCCCUCCUAUGGAAAGAUUGAAGGAGGGUGGUUCCGUGAAGGCAAGGUCACAGAGUUGGUUGGCAAAAUCGUUCCAAUUGUCAUUAAGAUAUACACUGGAGGUCAGUACUCAAAUGAUACAUUAUACAAACAAAUAUUAUUCUUCUUCUUCUUCGUCUUCUUCUUCUUCUUCUUCUUCUUAUUCUAG